AUGACCUCCUCAAACACUUCUACUUCCAACACCACCACCUCCUCCUCCACUCAAAGUGGCUCUUCCUCCAGUAACACAUCUUCACCAACCUCAACGAACGAAAACAAGUCUACUUCGACUUCCACUUCCUCCGGCUCCACCAAUACUUCGUCUAACACCAGUUCCUCCUCUGACCCCUCGGAAGCGUUUGACCGUAUCAGGAUUGAGGGAGCGAUGCAAUACUGGAGGACGAAGAAUGGUUGA